AUGCGCGCGACUCUCCAGCUGCUGAGCAAGGCGUCCAGGGCUCCCUUGACGAGCAAGCAGGGCAACAAGAACUACUACAAGGGUACCGGUUCGCACCCUGGUCUCGGAUCGAAGCGAACAGGACGACACGCUGUCGGCAAGGCGCCGUACAUCAUGAUGCCCGAGCGAAUGAGGCGGUUCGUCGUACCCGAAGGCCUCAACGAGACGGACCUCAAGCCUUACGUAGCGGCGAACGUCAGGUUCGACUUCAAGAACGACAGCGGGUGGCCCAUGGCGAAUUCCAAGCCGACGUUCGCGAGCAAGCGACAAGGACUGUUCGGCCCGAACGGCUUCGAUGGGCACUACUACCUGCAGUUGGGCGAGCACUUCAAGGGCAUCAAGAGCGAAUCCGCUCAGACACCCCAAGAAAUGACAUCCUGCGCUGUUGCCAUCGUCGGCGUGGGCCUCGUCGGCAAGCAGGUCGUGCACCAGCUCACUUCGCCCGCCCUCUCGCCGUUGUUCAAGAUCAUCUCGCUCACCAACUCGCGCCAUACGCUCCACCUUAACCCCGCCGCUCCCUCUCUCGACGGCCAGACCCUCUUGUCCCUCCUCCCGCCUUCGUCUGGACCUUUGCCUUCGUCCUCGGCCCACCCGGCCGCGAGCUAUGUCGCCGCCAACCCGACAGAGCUCGUCAAGAAGCUCGCUGCCGACGCUCGUCACUCGAAGCAGCACACCAUCCUGAUCGACUGCACCUCCGACCUCUCCGUCACCGAGCUGUACCCUACCACCAUUGCGUCCGGCUUGUCCGUCGUCACCCCCAACAAGAAGGGCUUCUCCUCGUCCGCCGACCUCUUCAAGCAGAUUGUCGAGGCGCAGUCCGCACCGAACGCAGGCCUUGUCUACCUCGAGGCGACCGUCGGCGCCGGCUUGCCUAUCAUCUCGACCCUGCGAGACCUCCUCAAGACUGGUGACGAGGUCACCAAGAUUGAGGGCGUCUUCUCCGGCACCAUGUCAUACAUCUUCAACGAGUUCUCCAAGCCGGCGUCGGGUGGAUCGGCGGGUCCCAAGUUCAGCGAGAUUGUCAAGAUUGCGAAGGAGAACGGCUACACCGAGCCGCACCCUGCCGACGACCUCUCGGGUUCUGACGUCGCUCGCAAGCUCACCAUCCUUUCUCGCCUCCUCUCGAUCAAUCCCUCUUCCCUCGCCGCCCUCCCCGACCUCCCCGAAGGCUACGCCUCCCUCUCGACCGAGACUCUCAUUCCCUCUGCGCUCGCCAACAUCGCUUCGGGCGAGGAGUUCGUCCAGAAGCUUCCUGAGCACGAUGCCGAAUUUGACAAGCUUCGCUCGGAGGCUGAGGCGGAGGGCAAGGUGCUUCGCUACGUUGGAGUGAUUGACCGUGCAUCGGGUGUCGUCAAGUGCGGUCUCGAGAAGUAUCCCGCCGCCCACCCCUUCGCGUCCGCGCUCUCGGGCUCGGACAACAUCGUCGCUUUCCACACGAAGCGCUACUCGCAGCGCCCUCUCAUCGUCCAGGGCGCCGGCGCCGGCGCAGACGUCACUGCCAUGGGUGUCGUUGCGGACGCGAUCAAGGUUGCGGAGAGGCAGGGCGUCCGCGUUCACCUGUAG